GUUCUGUGUCUCAGCAAGUAGCUCAUCUUCGCCGCCGCCUUUCACUCUUUCCGUUUGUCGCUCCCUCUUCUUCUUCUUCACCGGUUUUAACUUCCGGCCAACUCUUUGCUCCCAAGCAGCUCAACUUCCUCUGGCAUACUUUCCUUGGUUUAAUUCUUUUGACAAAAACUGGUGCUUUGAUUUCAACGACCCGGGUCCUGCCUCUCUCUGUUCUUCCAUAGGUGGGAGCAUGUAUUUGCAGUAGUUGCUCUCUGGUUCCUUCAUUGGCAAUGUGGAGAUCACCGGCGAUGGCUUGUAUUGUUAGAAGGUUAACUCGGGUUCGACUGGGAGUACAAACCCUUAGUUCUAGCUAUGGUUCCAUGCCGCAGGCUCAAUUCUCUGAUAGGGAAGAUGCAAAAGAUCAGUCUUCUUCAGAGGCACGAUUCAGUCAUCAAGCUGCAUUCCAAAAUUUGGACCAAAAUGCUGCAAGUGUGCAGAAGGAUAAAAUAGGGAAGAAUAUUUCUAGAAAGGAGAAGACUGGCUUUCUUAUUAACACACUCAUGGAUCUCAAGGAUAACAAAGAAGGUAUUUAUGGUGCUCUGGAUGCUUGGGUUGCAUGGGAACGGGAAUUUCCCAUUGGUCCUCUUAAGCAUGCUUUGCUGGCUCUUGAGAAGGAACAUCAAUGGCAUCGGAUUGUUCAGGUGAUUAAAUGGAUUUUGAGCAAGGGUCAGGGAAACACAAUGGGUACGUACGGGCAACUGAUACGUGCAUUGGAUAAAGACCACCGAGCGGAGGAAGCACAUUCUGUUUGGGUGAAGAAAGUUGGUACAGAUCUUCAUUCCGUGCCUUGGAAGUUAUGUAGCAUGAUGAUAUCAGUAUACUACAGAAACAACAUGCUAGAUAGGCUUGUUAAGCUUUUCAAGGGCAUGGAAGCAUUUGACAGGAAACUCUAUGACAAGGUUAUAGUCCAGAGAGUAGCCAAUGCGCAUGAGAUGCUAGGGAUGCCAGAAGAAAAAGAACGAGUACUCCAAAAGUACGCUGAUGUUUUUGCCGAGACCGAGAAGAAUCAACGAUUUAAGAAGAGAUCCAAACAGUCUCCUACAAAGGAAAAGCAAUAGGGUGAAAUUAUUUUUGCUUGAUACACUUUUGAUGCAAUCCAAUGAAUGAUUCACAGGGGAAGCUUACAGUAGUUUGUUCGUGUUCAUGAUAGUGAUAACAGUAUUUGUGAUUGUCGGGCAUAAACAUGGACAGUAACAAGUUCAAUAGAACCAGAGUUCCAACC